GAAAUUGAUGAACUGGAAUUCACAGAGGAUGAACUAACUAUAGAUGAUCUAAAAGAAGCGGAAGACGACACAGUUGAUGAGCUUGAUGAGAGUGUCGAGAUCACUGAUAUUGACAGCGAUGAAGAUGACCUCAGUGAGGACAUAAAGAAACCAUCAGGCAUGAGACGAAAACAUAAAAACCACCCAAGAUACAGAGGAAGGGGAAGAGCAAAGCUAUUGAAGAAUUUCUGCUGUAGAGCAGGAUUCAUUAUAGCAAAGAAGAGCAACAAAACCGCAGUAUGCAGGAACAGAGCCAAAGAAUUUGUCAUGAAGUUCAGAAGGUUGGCAGGAAUGGCCAGGAGAAUUUGUUUCAUAUCAUUCAAUAAAUGCUGCAGUAAAAUUUCACCUCCAAAGACAACAACACCUACUUCAUCUCCUACUCAUAUGCCUUC